AAAAGUGAAAGAUUGACGCUUUAGACCAUGUUAAUGUACAUUAUCUAAUCUCAGUGUUUUAAACACAGUUCUGUUGACGUAUUAACUGGUUAACUGUAACCUAAUUUGCAAACUUGUUAAAGAUUGAUGCUGAGCCUAGCACUAGGCUAGUCGCUAAUGCUAACUAGCUAGCUAACAUCCCUGACCAUGAGCUCAUUAAAGUACUCAUCCCCUGCUAAAGAAGAGGAGGUCUGCUGUUUGGAGAAAGAAGUUCUGGCGCUGAACAUUGAAGAAGAGGAUGAGGUUACAGUGAAAGAAGAGAAAGAAGCUUUUAGAAUGAAAAAGGAGGAAGAUGAGGCUGUUAUAGUGAAGGAAGAAGAUGCUGUUAUAGUGGAAGAACAUUUCAGAAUGAAAAAGGAGGAAGAGGAGACUGUUAUAGUGAAGGAAGAAGAUUUCAGAAUGAAAAAGGAGGAAGAGGAGGCUGUUAUAGUGAUAGAAGAGAAAGAACCGUUUAGAGAGGAACAGGAUGAUAUCUCAAUAAAGGUGAAGGAGGAAGACGUUUUUGGAGUGAAAGAGGAAGAGACAGAAUAUCAGAUUAACACCAGAGAGAGACAUGACUAUGGUGGAUCCUCUGGGGAGCCUCAACAACAUCCUGAUGCUGACGAGGCAGAGAAGAGUCUCUCCAGAUCAGAACACCAGAUGCAGGACAACACUUGCCCUUCCUCCCUCCCGGAGUCCCUCUAUCGUGCCUCUCCCGGUAGCACCUUACUACUGGGUAUGAAGAGGUUGUCUGUGCUGCUGGUGGACUGCAGGAAAACAACAGGGCUGAGUGGAACUGUGAGAGGAGGAGAAGAGAAGAAAGGAUCAGAUUUGACUCAUCAAAGAGGAAAACCAAACUUGGAGGAACCAAAGACCUCCACAACAUCAAGACAACACCUCUGCUCCCAGAUCAAGUUAGGAAGCCUGAAAAGACCUGAGAGGACACACACAGGAGAGAAGCCAUACCAUUGCGGCCAGUGUGGAAAGAGUUUUAGCCUGUUAGGAAGCCUGAAAGCUCAUGAGCGAAUACACUCAGGAGAGAAGCUAUACCAUUGUGGCCAGUGUGGAAAUAGUUUUAGCCAGUUAGGAAACAUGAAAAGACAUGGGAGGAUACACACAGGGGAGAAGCCAUACCACUGCUCCCAUUGCGGAAAGAGUUUUAACCAUUUACUUAACAUGAAAAGACAUGAGAGGAUACACACAGGAGUGAAGCCUCACCAUUGCUCCCAGUGUGGAAAGAGUUUUACGCAGUUAGGUAUCCUCAAAGAUCAUUUGCGAAUACACACAGGGGAGAAGCCUUACUACUGCUCCCAUUGUGGAAAGAGUUUUAACCAUUUACUUAACAUGAAAAGACAUGAGAGGAUACACACAGGAGUGAAGCCUCACCAUUGCUCCCAGUGUGGAAAGAGUUUUAUGCGGUUUGGUAUCCUCAAAGAUCAUUUGCGAAUACACACAGGGGAGAAGCCUUUCCUUUGCGCUCAGUGUGGAAAGAGUUUUAGCCAGUCAGGAAACCUGAAAGUGCAUGAGCGAAUUCACACAGGGAAGAAAUCUUACCACUGAUCCCAGCGUGCAAUGCGUUUUUACCCAAUUAGGACACCUGAAAGAAGACAUGAGACCGCACAUGGGGGAGAAGCCUUACAAAUGUUCAGACUGGGGGGAAGGCAUUUUACUCAUCAGUAGCGUAAAAAAAAUGUGAGAAUCCACACAGGAGAGAAUGUUUACUUGUUUAUAUAUAAAUAUUUCUGGAUUUUUGACUUCUCAUUUUGUCUGUCAUAGUUGUAGUGUACCUAUGAUGAAAAUUACAGGCCUCUCUCAUCUUUUUAAGUGAAUUUGCACAAUUGGUGGCUGACUAAAUACUUUUUUUGCCCCACUAAGUGUAUGUAAACUUCCAACUUCAACUGUAUGUUAUUUUAAAUGCUAAUCCUUUGCACACGAAUGCUCACUCAUUCAGGAAUAAUUGCAGUCAAUAUAUAUUUACGCCGUUGUGAUCUGUUGGAAUCCAGUCCGUCUGCUGGAGAGUUCAUCUGAGUCUCUCUCCUUCUGUUUCCCUGAAGUUCAAAGUCUUUCUUGGUUAGAAUGGAUACCUCAGAUUACCAUUCAGAAAUGUUCUCAUAGAAUAGAUGUUUCGGCGGUUGUCGUCAUUCGCAUCCCAGGUUUACAUCAUUUCUAGCUGCCCCCACAGACCUACCAAUGCUCUUACUCUGUUGGAAUUGAUAGUCUCAGAGUUGAACCAUUUCCAGCCGUGUAGCCAAUGCUCCACGUGGGAUGGUUUUCUAGUCUUGGAACUCAAAUGUGCCACCUCAGCUUACACCAAGGUAUGCGUUGUCUAAACCAUUCGCAAUCACAGCUCACGCUGUGAUUGGUUUGCUCAGUCUGAAGAGGAUUUUUUUUAGGAGGGGCUUUUAUUCGUAACAAUAGGAUAGGCGGUUCCAUGACACCAGAUCAUGUCUGUGCCCUCGGGGACGGACCAAUGACUUAGUUAAACUUUUAAAGGAAUACAAAUCUCUCACAUUAAAGGUUUAACAUCACAUUUCAUAUAUAGUUGCAUCUUUACUCAUUCAUUUCAUACAAUAAUUAGAUGCAAACCCCAUAAUUGAGAAAUGUACACAUUCAGAGACAUAGUUAUGUGUGUUUCCUGUCCUCUCUGAGGUCACCAAAUGAAACACACUCAACAUAACUGUCCCUUAAGUGUCCACAGACCCUUCCCACACUCUCAAAGGUGGACAUAUAGUUUAAUUUGGCCAUUUUGGGGAUUUAGGAGUGCGGCCAUGUGAAUUCCUUUGUUCACUCUGUGGUCUCUCUCUGUAUGAAAAGGGGGAUAGAGUCUCUGCCAGGAAUUUACGACCUGAGAUAACAGAACCUGGGCCACAAUCUAUACCCAGAAAAGGCCACAUCAUGACAAUAUGUUUAGGUAUUCACGACCUGAGAUAACAGAACCUGUACCUACAAAGGGCCACGUCAUGACAAUAUUUAUAUAUAACAAUAUAUAUAAAUAUUUGAAUAUAGAGUAGAUCAGAUUCCAUGUGUUUAAAAGGUCCUUUUUUAAACUCUGACUGUGUGUUUAUCUGGGUGUGUCAUUCCUCCAGCACUACAGAUAAUCAAGUGAUAUUUGGAUGUGAUGCAUUUGUUCCAUUGUUGACAUUUGCAUUGUAGCCCACUGAUGAUUUAAUGAAAUGAAAAUGUUCAGACUCUGUAAUGGAAAAUGUUAAUUGUUUGUGUGUCCACAUAACUGAGUAUGUGACUAACCUUGUGAAACUGUCCAAUUAUAAUCUCCUGUUCUUGGGAGGAUCAUUCUGUGUUGCAAACCAGCUGCACCUGUGUCCUUGUAUGAAUAAAGUCCCUCCCAGGAACAGGAAACUAUAAAGAUAUGUGCUCAUCACCCAAUGCUUCAGGAAUUCAGACUGUCUACACUGCGCUGUGUAACUCUGUUAUUCUCUCUGAGCUCAGAAAUAAAGAAUCUUGGUUUGA